AUGAGAUCUAAGACUGUAGAGCAAGAUAACGAUGCUCAGGACCUAGCUCCGCCGUGCAACACCUCAUCACCGGCCCAGCCGGCGGCAUCCACUGAGCCAGGCACGAUGCAUGUCGACUCACAAGGGACCACGUAUUUCGCUAGUCCGCACUGGGAAACCAUGAUGGACGAGAUUUCUGAUCUAAAAAACGACUUCAGAAAAGCUUACGAAGGAGAAUAUUUGGUUGAAAUUACGGACGUGUCGUCUAGAGCCAUGAGCACCACUCCACUCCUGCUCUACGGAUCCAUGCAGCCAAUAUCGAAGGAGGCAUUGAUUUCGGCUUUGCCGGAUCGGGACAUAGCAGACCGUCUCAUCUUUCGAUACUUCAGCGAAAUCUCUAUUCUGCCGGCACGCGUGGUACAUCCGUCAACUUUUCUUAAGCAAUACGAAGAAUUCUGGACCAGUCAGACUGCAGUCUCCUUCUCUUGGUUGGGUCUCCUUUACGGAGUACUGAGCCUUUCAGACCUAUUCUCCCUGGGACCCGAACAUAGACAGUCUCACCCACGGCAGACGUACCUGCAACAAUUGGUUCGAUGCCUUAUUGCUGCGGACUACAUUCGUGGAGGACCUUACAUUCUGGAAAGCCUCAUUCAUUACUUCCUGGUGGAGUUCUACCUCAACCCCGUCACUGAGGUUGGCAAUUGGAUGGUGGCCGGCAUCAUAGCUCAGCUCGCAUUCCGCAUGGGAUACCACCGGGAUCCAUCACACUUCCCGCACAUCAGCCCUUUUGAAGGCGAGAUUCGUCGCAGAGCUUGGGCUACCGUACACAUUCUCGAUAGCACCAUGGCCAUGCUCGUCGGCGCGCCGCGGAUCAUCUCAGAUGGCACGUGGAACACGCGACCACCUGGUAACAUUCCCGACGCUGACCUCGACCAUGGCUGCGCCCAAUUGGCAGUGCCUCGCGCAGACAACGAGAUGACUGAAGUCUCGUUCCUACUCGCGAGAUACAAAAUGAGCCUUGCCACGGGGAGGCUAGUUGAUCUGAGCUUGACGAACAAGCUAGAAUCUUCAGAGGAUGUGCGAAAUGCUGAAAGUCGACUCGAGACAACAUGGGUGUCAAUGCCAGAAAGUUUCAAAUUCACCUCGCUAUCCCACUGUCUGUCAGAUAACUCGGUUAGUCUGGCCCAUCGGAUCAUGAUUACUUCUCUUUACAAUAAGUCUCGAAUCAUCCUUUACCAGCGUCAAUUACGGAAGUUUGCCAGUAAACCCAGGGCGGUUCACGAGGAUUGGGUGUCGUCUGCAGGUCAUAUGUGCCUUGAGGCAGCUCUUGAAAUAAUCAAGCAGUUGGUUUUUCUAGAUAUCGAAUCACAACCGGGCGGCAUGCUGGUGACAUUGAGAACCAAAGUAUCCGCCCUGGUGAUCCAUGAGGGUCUUGUCGCCACCGCGGCCUUGAGCAUAUACCUGUACCAUUGUCCGCGCGUUCCACUAGAUGGUGAAAACGGAUGCGCAACCAAGAGCCCAGAGGUUGAGAUGAUGCUGAGAAGAAGUUAUCAAACAUGGUCUCGUUGGGGCAAGUGGUCCGCCGAAGCAAAAAGAGCAACAGAGCUGCUGGAUUCGUUAUUCCGCAAGCUUGGAGAAGGACCAUUGCAUGUUGGACUCGACGAAACACACUUACAAAUGGAUGAUAUGGAGCUGAACCUUGACUGGGACGCAGACACGCUUGGGGUUUUCUUCCCGCUCCUCGACGGAACCCAUGAUUGA